GCUAUAUAUACAUACGUAAACCUCUGGUGGGGACUGGCUCCUCGGGUGCAGGAACCAUGGCUCGCUGGGGGAUCCUGUGUCUUGCCUUGUGCUGCUACCUUGGGGUAGCAUGGGCUGCAACGCUGGGUGUGGUGCACACCGAGGGAGGUUUCGUGGAAGGCGAGAAUAAACGGCUGGGACUCUUCGGGGACUACAUCGACAUCUUCAGAGGGAUCCCCUUUGCUGCCCCCCCAAAGACUCUGGAAGAUCCCCAACCUCAUCCUGGAUGGGAUGGAACGCUGAAGGCAAAAGACUUCAAAAACCGCUGCAUGCAGAUGACACUGACGCAAAAUGAUGUCCGAGGGAAAGAAGACUGCCUCUACCUGAAUAUCUGGAUCCCUCAAGGGAAGAAACAAGUCUCAACCAACUUGCCAGUGAUGGUGUGGAUCUACGGCGGCGCCUUCCUUGUCGGAGGGGGGCAGGGAGCCAAUUUCCUCGACAAUUACCUCUACGAUGGCGAGGAGAUCGCCGUGCGGGGCAACGUGAUCGUGGUGACCCUGAACUACCGCGUGGGGCCCCUGGGCUUCCUGAGCACUGGAGACUCAAACAUGCCAGGGAACUACGGGCUGAAGGACCAGCACAUGGCUAUUGCCUGGGUGAAGAGGAAUAUCAAGGCCUUUGGGGGUGACCCAGACAACAUCACCAUCUUCGGAGAGUCAGCUGGUGGCACCAGUGUCUCCCUGCAGAUACUGUCUCCGAAGAAUGCGGGCCUGUUCAAGAGAGCCAUCAGCCAGAGCGGCGUCAGCCUGUGCAGCUGGGCCAUCCAGAAGGACCCACUCUACUGGGCUAAAAAGGUUGGACAAGAAGUGGGCUGCCCCAUAAGCAACACCACAGCCUUGGCCAACUGCCUGCGUGUCAGCGACCCCAAAGCCGUGACGCUGGCCUACCACCUGCAGCUCGUCAACCUGAACAGUCCCCUGGUUCAUACGCUUGCCAUCACGCCUGUCGUCGAUGGAGACUUCCUCCCAGACAUACCAGAGAAACUCUUUGCCAACGCUGCUGACAUCGACUACAUCGCUGGGGUCAACAACAUGGACGGACACUUCUUUGCUGGCAUCGAUAUGCCUGCUAUCAACCGCCCACUGGUGAAAAUCACUGCGAGCGACGUCUAUGAUUUGGUCAAAGGACUCACUGCGGACAGGGGGGAAAGAGGAGCCAACCUCACGUACAAUAUCUACACCGAGCUGUGGGGCGACAAGCCAGAUCAGGAAGUGAUGAAGAGGACAGUGGUGGACCUGGCUACUGACUACAUUUUCCUGAUUCCCACGCAGUGGGCACUGAAUCUGCACCUGCAGAAUGCCCGGAGUGGCAAGACAUACAGCUAUGUGUUCUCCCAGCCAUCUCGGAUGCCCGUCUACCCAAGCUGGGUAGGAGCAGACCACGCUGAUGACCUGCAGUACGUGUUUGGGAAACCCUUUGCCACCCCUCUAGGCUACCUGCCCAAGCACAGGACUGUCUCAGGUGCCAUGAUUGCUUAUUGGACCAACUUUGCCAGGACAGGUGAUCCCAACACAGGGUAUUCAGACGUGCCCGUUACCUGGGUGCCCUACACCACAGAGGGUGGUUACUACCUGGAUAUCAACAACAACUUAAACUACGAUUCCGUGAAGCAGAACCUGAGAGCCCCAUUCGUGAACUACUGGAACGCUGUCUAUCUGAAACUGCCACAGGUUGCCACCACCCCGUAGACUGUGGAGUUGCUGAGAAACUAAGGAAAAACACCAUGUAAAGACAGACUUAGUUCAUUAAAAGCUUGCUUGUAACUGA